AGAAAUGUCAUUCAAAAAGCUUAUUGAGAAUCCUAAAAGCACCCCAUAUAUGGCAAAGUAUGGUCAGAAAGGGACUCAUCAUUCUCAUCACCAUUCAGUGGCAUUAAAAUCUCCUCAGUAUACUCAUGUAAUUUCAUCGUCAACAGGGUCCACUCAUGAACUGAAGACUGUAUCUAAUCGGGUUCCAAAAUCUGUUAGCAAAGUAACCGGCAAGGGAACUCCAAAUAUUUACAAAUAGAAAAGAGGAAGGCAAGAAUAAUAAAACUAAUGAACUAAUUCCUACCAAGCCUAAACCUCGGCAUGUUAAAGCAGCUUCUGUAACAAAUUAUCACCACAGUAUUGAAGCAUACUCCAGCAAGACGAAGUCAAAUGCUUUAAAACAAAAGCCUACUUACAUUAUACUAACAAUAGACAACAGUGGAGAGAAAGGGACUCUCAAAAAGAAGGAGACCCCUAAGUCCUCUAUGAAUUCUCUAUCUAGUGUAUCUUAUGCUAAGCAAGGCCAAAGCUAUCAGCAGUUGUCCAGUUUAAAGAAGAAUCGCAAAAAGCCGACACAUCAAAGGACUAAGUCUGAUCAAAUUAUUAAGUCAAAGCCAUUUAUCAACUUCAAGCUCAUCAAAGGACAGAUUGGACUAGCUUCUAAUCAAGGAAAGAACAUGAAGAGUUCUAAAAGCAAAUUGAAUAGCGGGACUAGAUCAAGCUUCAUGAUAAAUCCGCCAGGUACAUCAAAAAUUUCAAAAUCUUCAAGAAAAAUAAGCAAAGAUUUGACAAUCCCGAAAGCGAAAUAUGACAAAAAGCCAACAAAAAGUUCUAAGUUGCCAAAAGAAGGAGUGAGCAAGCACAAGAGAGUGAAAUCUAAUAUGAAUAAUGCAGGAUCUUCAAAAAUGUUCUCUGACACUCUGAAGUUUUCUCAUGUCGUUCAUCCAAAUAGUAAUUCAAAAAAGCUGUUAAAAACUGUUACAAAUAAAAAUUCUACUGUGUAUUCUUAUCAAAAUUCAAAGCCUUCUGUAACUUCAGCAAAGAGAGUUUACAAAAAGGACAGGAAGCCUUUAAGUAAAAGUAACUACAUGUCAGAAAAGAAUGCUUUCCAAAAGCCCAAGGGGUAUAAAAUAAUGGCUAAAAAGUCUGUUGCGAAUUCUCCAAUUACAACCUUAGACAACCAACAAGUUUCAACAAUUGGAGAAUCCGGAAGGCCUCCUACUCAGACAAAAAAGAGGAAGAUUGGUGGUCAUACUAAAAACGCAAUGUCUACUCAUGUAAAAAAGAAGGAGAACUACUUUUAUGCACAUGAAGAUCAUAUUCAAGAGGAUAUAGAAGAGUUCCCCUCUGAAAUAGUUGAACCAAAGAAGAGGAACACAGAUCACACUAAAAAUAAAGAAGAUGAUUCCUCCCUUUUUAAGUACCAGGAAUACAAGAAGAUGUUCUUUGACGAUCCAAAGCAGAAGAAGAACAAUAAAAUUAUUGAAUCAAACUACGCUACUGAACAGAAUAAGUAUAAGAAAUUAUUGAAUACUCAUUUCAGCAAAGCAACAUCAAAGAAAAGUGGGAGUAAAGAUAAGAGUGAAUACUUCAAUGAGAAAGGAGACAAAUCCUCCCACAGAGAUCAUAUAAAGUUUGAUGUGCUCUCUAGCGAGCCUAAGAGUAGUGCCUCAAGGAGAGCUCAGAAUAAUCUGAAGAAAUAUGAAAAUAACCAGAAGAAAGAUAACAUAAUAGACUCUAUCGUACAAAAACAUAUCAAAAACAAGUCAAAAUGUCAAGAUGAAUCUCCUCAAAAGGAUUCUCCACAAAUAGUUUAUCAAUAUAACGAGAAUAAGAAAGAGGAUACAAAGAAGGAAGAAUCUGAUGGACGGAAGUCAGAAAGUCUAGUUUCGUUUGAGUACAACAGAAAAGGCAGUCAAUCAAACCUCUAUAAAAAUAAAGAGAGCUUCAAUAGAAAUGAAAGUUAUGAAAUAAUGGAACUAAACUCUUUUAACGAAGUUAAAAAGAGUGCUGAAGGCGCUCAAGAAAAAUAUGAUGAUGCUGGUCUCUAUGGUGUCUUUGAUCAAGCCUUAGAAAACCAGAAGAAUUUUUAUGAAGAAGGAUCAAUGAAAGAUCAUAGUAUAAAUGAUCUUCAAGAUAGUAUAAACGAAGGCCAAGAAGUAUUUGGAUCCAACGUAUCAGAGUCAGAGCUCUCCCCCAGAUCAAGGCACAUCUAUUCAGUAGUCAAGAUUAUCAGGAAUCACUUUAAAGAGACAGGCGAGCCUCCAGAAACUACUAAAGAAUUUUAUCGUAUUGGAAAAUGAAUUGGAAAGGGAGCCUUUGGAAAAGUAAACUUAGCAGUUCAAAAGGUUUCUCAAAGUUUGGUGGCAAUCAAGAGUAUUAACAAGCAAUAUCUGCUUGAUAACAACUCAAAGAGAAAAGUGAUGCAAGAAGUUUACAUCCUCAAGAAAAUAAGACACCAAAAUGUUGUUCAUUUCUUUGAGACAUUUGAAACAGAGAAGUACAUUCUUCUAGUAAUGGAAUUAUGCGGAGGAGGAGAUCUACUCAAUUAUGUCAGAAAGAGACGCAGACUCAAAGAAGAUCUUGCUAAAGUCUUCUUUAAACAAAUUAUAUUGGCUUUGUAUUGUAUUCAUCAGAAAAAUAUUGUUCAUAGAGAUAUUAAGCUGGACAAUAUUCUUCUUGAUCAUCAUGGCAAUGUUAAAAUUGGAGAUUUCGGGGUCAGUAAAUUAGUAAGACCUGGAGAGAAAAUGACUGAGCAAUGAGGAACCCCUGCCUAUAUUGCUCCAGAAAUUCUUCUUGAUAGAGGUUACUCAGGAUAUGGAGUAGAUAUUUGGAGCGCAGGAGUAGUUUUGUUUUCAAUGCUCUACGGAACUGUCCCAUUUAAAGGAAAUAGUAUGGAUGAGCUACAUAACUUAAUCAUCCGAGGAGAUGUUACUUACAAAGAUGAUGUUUCAAAUGAAGCAAUCAGUUUGUUGAAAGGACUAUUAGAAUGUGAUCCAAAUAAGAGGUUGACUACUGAUAAAAUUCUCAAUCACGAAUGGCUUCAGAAUGUUAAAGAAGAUUUAAAUAUCUUCACCGAAACAGAGAAAGAGAUUAUUAAAACAGAAUUUACAUACAAUGAUACAAGGAAGCUCAAUAGGAACACCAAAAAUGAGUCAACUCUAUUCACAGAGCACAACUUGGACUCAACAAGAAAAUCUCUGGAGGUGAACCAAACAACCAAAUCAGUGAUUUUGGCUCCUUUCAAUUCAACGAAAACUCAUUUAAGUGGGCUUCAUGAUAGUGUGAGAGAGAUAAUGUUCAGAAAGGGAGAAGUGCUCAAACUAGAUGCGAAAGUCAGAGAUGUUGAUAGACAAUAUGAGUUCAAUAACAACUGAGAGUUAGAUAAUGGAGUCUACAACAGGUUUGUCAAUGAAGAAGAAGAUAAAAAAGAAGAAGAGAAGUCUAUCCGUUUAGACCCUCAAGAUUCAAAAUCCAAGAAAGAAGGGUGUAAUAAAAAGCAAACAGGACUUAGGGAGAUUGAAGGAAUGAUGGAGGAACAAAAUAAUGAAGACAAGACUCAUGGUAGAUCAACAUCCCACGUCAGAACAUUAUCAACAAUUAUCUCAGAAUUAGAUCAAGAAACUAUCAAAAAGGUAUGCAGCUUUGGAUACCCAAAAGAAUUCCUGAUGAAUUGAUUAAGGAUGAACAGUCUGAACUAUUCUACUACAACCUAUUACUUACUUCUUCAAAAGAAAGUACAAGGAGAAGUGCAAUAA